AUGCCUCCAAAACGCGGCAAAGCAGCAGCCGGCAAAGCAGCAGCAGCGGCGGCAACAGCACCGAAGAAACGUGCCUCCAAACUAGCAAAAGAAAACGACAUCACCGCCGACCAAGAAGCCGAAGUCCUCGAAGCCUUUGCCCUGUUCGCCAUAACAGACAACGCCGACUACUCUGACGAAAAAGAAGGAGUGCUACGUACUGAAGAUGUGCGACGCUGUCUGAUCGCCCUAAACACACCACCCACCUCCGCCGCCGAACUCUCAGAGAUCCUCGAGGCCGUAGACCCAGAAGAGAGUGGAUAUGUCACAUACGCACAUUUCGUGGCUGUGGCGGCGCUGAAACUGCACGCGAAACAUAAUGAUCCUGAGCAACAGAGCGAAGAGGUUGAUGCUGCGUUUACUCUGUUUACACGCGGAGAGGGCGAUUUUAUCACGCUUGCUCAUUUGAGACGUGUUGCUCGCGAACUACGAGAAGACGUUCCUGACAAGAUGCUACGAGAUAUGAUUAAAGAAGCUACCAGUGGAGGUGGUCCUGUUGUUGGCAGAGAGGACUUCGAAGGGGUCAUGAGAAGAGCUGGCGUCUUUGGCUGA